UUUGUUUUAUUAAAAGCAAAUAACUAAACAAACAAAGUAUGAGUUCAAUAAAUUUUCACGUUUUUUCUAACAUACAUAUAGUACGCUAAUUUAAAAAGAAAUCAAUAAUUAUUGAAUUAAAAACUAGGGCUUUCUUUUUUGCCACACAAAAUAAGAUAAGAACCAUAAAGUGUGUAUGUAGUUAUACGAAAUGAAACAUAUAUACGUAUUUUUCAUACAGAAUAACAAAAUUUAUUAGCAUCUGUUUCUAUACAAUUAAAAUAUUUGCUCCCCUGUAGAGAAGUUUAUUGAAAUAUUUUUGUUUCUUGUUUUCUCCGCCAGAGAGCGCUGUUUACCCUGUUAAAUGGAUUGUCGUAUCUUCUUAUUCUCUACAAAGGCAUAGGAAGUUUAAACGAAAUGCAGUUAUGCGUUUUUUUAUGGGACACUUCAUUAAUUUUUUUUCUCCAGUUUGUUUUUUUCUGCUUGUUUCAUAUUUUUUACGUUGUGAUCGGAAAAUGAACCCUUUAAUGAGCUUUAAAUCAGUUUGUCAUAGUCAUUUGAUGAUGGGUUAUGUUUUUUUUAAAGCAUAUUAGCUUCUGUAAACUUCUAAAUGCUUGUGCUUAACUUACUUUUUAAAGUUAGUUGUCCAUAAUUAGUUUAGUCCAUACGUUUUUUUUCUCAACAUGUAAGUUUAAUAAAGAAAGCUUUUUAUUUUUUGUCAGACUGCUUCCGUUUGUUGUGGAGGUAGUACUGUAAACGGUUUUGUUUCGUGGUUCCCAUAUCUUGUUUUUCAGACGCCCCGUAAACGCACCUUCAGACUCGUCUCGCUGCCCAUCCCACAAUGCCUUUCGGCGUGGCUUCAUUUGUUUUGCGUCGAGAUCAGCUGAGCUCGCGAGUCGCUGCAGUGAGUGGACUCCUGCCAGCGGCUCGGGACUCCUCGGCGUCUGUACGCUGGCAUGGACAUCGUUUUAAACCUUCCGAUUGGACUGGAAGCUAACAUUAUUUUAUAAAACUUACAUUUAAAGUCUUUUUUUUUUAUCCUUAACGCAUAUCAACUCUGUAUUUUAAAUCAUUUUUUAUCAUGCUUGGAACUAUUACACUCGGACUAUUUUCAAAGUAAGAGCAUCCUUUGGAGACUGCAUAUUUUUUUCAAUGACCCGGGAGCGGGCUGUACUAUGUCCAGACGAAAACAGAACAACCCUUUCAAAGUUAACUGGCCGUUCCACACUACAGGCUUGACAGGACUUCAGAACGCAGCCAACAUGAACGGGGGGGAUGAUUUCACAGAUGACGGUGAAUGCCUCAGUCACAAUUCCCAUGGAGUCCAAGGACGGGAUAGCCUCACAGAAGAAAGCGAUAGUGACCCUGACAACCAGGGCGAAGACUCUUCCUCCAACACCUCUGCCGACGACCACAUGACCACCAAGAGAUCGCGGUGCCACCUGCAAGGAGCGGGGGUCAAAGAAGAGAGUGAAGAAGGCGGAGAUUACAUCAACAGCUUCGUUUGCCCUCUUUGCUCGCUGGAUUUCAGCAGCCCUGAUCGGCUCAUCUCACAUGUCUACCAGCACACAUCUAUGAUGAGCAACAGCAAGAGCUAUGUGUGCCCAGUAUGUGGGCGAGCCCUCAGUUCUCCUGGCUCGCUUGGACGGCAUCUUCUCAUCCACUCGGAGGACCGCCUCUCCAACUGCGCUGUCUGCGGCGCACGAUUCACAGACACCACCAACUUAAACAGGGAGAAACUUAAGGAUGUUCUUGACUCCUGCAGGAUGGAUGCCAACAGUGCAAGGGAUUCCUGCUCCAUGUCCCAGUCCCUCUCCAGCAGCCCCAUGAGCAGCCCGGGUUCUGGUUCACAUCCCUGCCAGGAACAGGGUCCAAGUUCCAGUUUGUGUCAGGGUUCAGGUUCAUGUCACGCUCCUGAGCUGAAUCCCAGCCCAUGCCACGCCCCUCGUGCAUGCCAGGGCUCGGGUCACAUGUCCAGCCAGUGUCAAGGCCCCAGAGCGUGUCACAGCUCAGAUCCUACAUGUGGACCGUGCUCAGGCCCAGGACCGUGCACAGCGUCUGACCAAGCCUCCUCCUUUUCUUCGCUGCCCGACAAUCUCCUCUCCGAAGGGCCAUCACUGGCAUCCAUCCCUGAUGCUCUCAGCUCCUCUUCCUCUGGACUUCCUCCUAUUCCUGACAUACUGAGUCCAAUGCCAGUGUGUCCAGCAGGAGUUCUGCUCGUGUGCAACAACUGCAUGGCCUAUCAGCAGCUGAUGGAAUCCCAGUCACCGCUGCGGAAAUGGGCUCUGCGUCGGAAGAACGAACCGCUGGAGGCCCGGCUGCAGCGCCUCGAGCGUGAGCGCACAGCAAAGAAGAACAAGCGAGCGUGCGAGACGGAAGAGGAACGCGAAAUAAGGAGGCUUCGGGACCGUGAGGCCAAGCGGAUGCAGAGGAUGCAGGAGACGGAGGAGCAACGGGCACGCAGGUUGCAGAGAGACAGAGAGGCCAUGCGCCUGAAGAGAGCCAACGAGACUCCAGAGAAGAGGCAGGCCAGGCUGAUACGUGAGAGAGAGGCAAAGAGGAUCAAGCGGCGGCUGGAGAAGAUAGACCCUGCUCUGAGGACGCAGAUAGAGCAUGAUCCGGCUGCAAUGGCUGCGCUCACAGCUGACAUGAACCUCUUUCAGUUCCCUUGCCCCAUGCCCGUCCCCUCCAUUGAUAAUGGGCUCUUCAUGAAACUGCCCUUAUUGGACCAGGCCACAGGAAGGGAGGGAACAGCUGGUCUGUAGUUGCGUUUUGUACAUUGUGCCAUCUGGUCGCCAUGGUUACAGUGGAUGGUUUUAUGCAGCUUCUUUUACGUGAAACGACUUCAUACAGACUGAAGUGACAAUUUAAAAAAAAAACAUUUCUAAUUUAUUACAGUAUAUAUGAAACCCUGGAAUCAGGGUUAAGAAUGUUCCUUGUUUAAUGGAAAAUGUUAUAAUUGCAUGUUGUAAAGAGAUUUAUCUUUGUCAGUGGAAUCACAGAUUUUCCAGUUCACUCUACUGGGAGCAGUAAUACUUCCUUGGAGGGAAAAAAAAAUCUUUUGCACAUGGACCAUGAGCGUGGGAGUGGCCGUUUUAAAGCCACAGCGCUCUCUCCUUUCUGGUCCACCUCGCCAACCCAGUAACCCUGAUGCAUUGGUAGUUAUACCUCUCUCCCUCAAGCUGCUACCGUGGACCGUUCAAUACCAAUCUACUACCUCAGCUGGUGCAGCGGCCGUGCUCCGGCCUGCGGCUCACUUCAUUUCAACUUCAAGCUUCCAAAGCUCUGUCAGGACUGGCCGGGACGACAGAGCAGGCAGGCUUGCUCGUCUAGAGUUUGUAUUUAUCAUUCCGGCACUUGAAUAGGACAUGCAUUCACAGGAACAAUAACACUAGUUCAGUGUGCUUUUUUUAUUUUUUUAUGGGGAGCAUAGUGGUUGAUGAACAAAUGAAUGGUUUGUCUUAUUGAACAUGCCCAGUGUUGAGCAAAAUUCCAUCAUUUCUUUAGUCCAGCUUUCACAUCCAUUACACUCUGUUUGCUUAGUGUUGAAUCUCUUUUAUACACUCCACAUAUCAAACAUUUUUCUGUUACAAAGUCCUACUUUGGCUCACAGGAACUUGAUCUGUGCUGCUGUUUUUGUACUGUACAAUACAUGUGUUACCUCGUCAAUAUUAUGGGCUCAUCACAUUAAGGUAUAAGUGCUCAAAUGUUGUUAAGUGGUUAGAAAGAGAAGGAAAAAAAAAACCUUAAAUGUUACCUGUUGACCUCAUAGUUGGAUAUAUUACUUGAAUUAUGCCUGCAAGGAUGCAUUUGUUUUUGUGCUCAUGAGCAAACAUAAAUGUUGGUUCUUAGUAUUGCAAAAAGAAUCCCACUUGAAUAAUAACCUCUGCUUUGUGCAAUUUCUGUAGCAUUCGGAUGCUUAGUAAGCUGCAGUAUUUUCAAAAUGGGUAUUGUUACCACUCGAGUUUUAAGCAAUUGUAAGUAAGUUGGGGUAAGUUUCAUUAUAAUAGAAUAUUGAAGUAUACUCAUUAAUCUCAUUCCAGUGCAUUUAUGCAAUAUGACAUAAUUUUGUAAAAUAGUUUGGAAUAUUUUAUUGGUAGAACAUAGGGUUGUUGUGUCAUUUUUUUAAAUUUCUUUUCUUGCAUCUUUUAGUGAACAGUUUUGGAACAGCUGUUUGAGUCACUCCUAGAUCAGCCAGAAUCCAUAUUUUUACUCUCAGUCCUGAUAUGAGUCUUUAUUCUUGGUCUUCUUUGAGAUCUGCUGAAAUAAAAACUGCAGAACUGUAAAAAAAAAAAAUCAAUUAUUAAUGCAGAACCCAAAGGCUCUGGAAAAAAAACAAGAGAUUUUUAAAUAAAAUAAAGUUCGUUGAACAAAUGAUUUUUUUUCUACACAAGCAUCAAUAGAAUUGUUGUUGGUUAAGCUAAAAUAAAAGAAAAAUAUUUUAAAUUCUAGCAGUUACAUUUAGUUAUCUCCAUUAACUGAGGCAUACCUGCAACUUGGUUACGUUAAGGGUGUUCUAGGAGUGAAUCAAACUUCUAUGCAACAGCAAAUAAAAUCCCUUUUCACAGAAACUAUGCAGAAUGCAAUUUACAUGUUCUUUUUUUUUUUUUUUUUUAUAUGGCUUAGACUCAAAAAUGAGAAAGCCACCUUCUCAGUCAACCUAACUCAGUGAGAAGGCUAAGAGUCUUUGGUUCCAUGAGGUGCAUUCAUCAGCCUCACGCUCUGACAUUGUUUUUAAGAGACAUUUGGUUGUCCUUCAUUCAUUACAUGGAAUCAACAGGGUCUCACUGCCAUUUGGUUUAGGCCUUUCUAAAAAGGGCAAAUAAUCAUUUUGGACAAACGUUUCAGUUGUUCCUGCAAUUUCUUAAAUCAGGAACAUUAGGUUUUCCCAGAGGUCGCUCGUUUGAUCCCCAGCAAACGUCUAGAAGUGGGAGAACUGUGGACUCGGUCCUAAGAGCAUUGCGCUCGUCUUUGAUUAAGUAAACUGCAUGUUAUAAACUGCGCUUGUACUAGAAUGGUUCGAUUUUAACUUGUGUUCUACUUAAAUUUUAUUGCCUGCCUUUUUUUGUUACUGUUUUAUUAAAGUGUUUUUAUUUAAAAAAAAAAAAAAGCAUCUUAAUAUUGAUUGUCAGGAUUUUCAAUCAAUGUCCAUGUUUACACAAUAAAUAGCUGACAAACGGCCAAACUAAUGAGAGAAACUGCCAACGUCCAGCUGGCUGUGGUAUGAAUGCAUUCUGAUUGGGUAGCACUUUUGAGGUGCCAUCCAUUGUUACUCAACUAUUAGGAGACAGAUAAUAUUGAGUCCUGGUAAAGAAUGUGGUAAUAAACAUCAACUUUAAUA